AUGCUUUUGACGAGUUCUGACGAAGAUGAGUUCUACGACGCGAAAGAGGUUUCCUCUCCUCAGCUUUCCCGUACACGCGAAACUAAACGGCAUCCGAGUACGAAGUCUAGAGGAUCGGCAAGUGUCGCAACUCUUUCUACUGAAAUACAGUCACCGCUUAAUACAAAAAACGGAGAUUUGUCAGUGUCUUCUUUAACCUUGGAUUCUGCUAGAAAAUCCGAUUCUCAAGUAGCAUUAGGCGAUUCAUAUAAUAGUCUAGAUCCUCUCUCAGCUCAUAUUGUACGUCGUGCGUCUCAGAAAUUACCACUCAAAUUACUUUCCAAAGAGAAAUCAUGUCACAACAACUAUGACUCUUAUAACGCAUAUGAUGUGUCUGAAAGUCUUGGCAAUAAUGCCGAUGGGCGUAAAGAUGAAAGCCGGAAAUUAUACAAUGCUUCCUUGGAGGAUCAUUCUUCAACACAGAAGAAAAAAAUAGCAAAGGAUAUCCUUUCUCGUCUAGGAAUAUUUAAUUGUCGCAAGGCGCAUAAAAAUCAAGAGCAAGACGAGGAAUCGGAAUGUAUUAGUGAAAGCUCAUCUUCUUCCUGUGCUUCUGAGCCUCGCGAAAGUUUAGAGUCUAGUCGAUCGAGUUUUUUUUCACAGUCAAAUAACUCCUACAUAUUACCACCUCACAACGCAUCAUAUGUAAAAGUAUGUUGUUGAUUAUUAUAAGUAUAAAAUGUCUCACAGUUAUAUUGUGAUUUUAUCAGAAGAAUAAACAACAGACAUCAAAUGAAAAGCCAAAAUCACCAAAAGAUGCAACAGAUGCUGUGUGGACCAUGAAAUUUAGUAAAGACGGACAAUACAUGGCAUCUGGCGGAAAACUGUGCAUUGUGUAUGUAUGGAAAGUUCUCAGUAGUCCUGACAAACUCGAAGAUAAUUCUAUAAAAGUAUUUGAACAAGUUCCCUUCCGCAAAUAUUGUGGUCAUACAUCUGAUGUACUGGAUAUAAGUUGGUCAAAGAGUAACUUUUUACUGUCAUGCUCUAUGGACAAAACAGUUCGCUUGUGGCAUGUAACUCGUGAAGAAUGUCUAUGUGUCUUUAAACAUCUUGACAUCGUUACUGGAAUAGACUUCCAUCCAAGGGAUGACCGCUAUUUUCUUUCUGGUUCUCUGGAUUGCAAAGUAAGAUUGUGGAGUAUCCCGGACAAGAAUGUUUCGUUUUGGAAUGAACUGCCUAGCGGACAAAUGAUUACAGCUGUUGGAUUCACAAGGGAUGGGAAUACGGCUUGUGUGGGCAGUUAUAUUGGCUGCUUGUUUUUUUAUGAGACCCAGGGGCUUAAAUACAAUACUCAGAUUAGUCUGAAAACCAAAAAAGGUCGAAAAGGAAAAAAGAUAACAGGUAUUAAGUCUAUGCCUGGCUGCCAUCCCGGCCAAGAUAUGCUUCUUGUUACUAGCAAUGAUUCACGUAUUCGACUGAUCAACAUGAAAGACAAAAGUCUUUUGUACAAAUAUACUGGUGCUGAGAAUGUGUCGAUGUUGAUUAAAGCCUCGUUUAGUGAUGAUGGUCAAUAUAUUGUAUGCGGCUCAGAAAAUUUUAACGUUUACAUAUGGAAAACUGAAAAAGUUGGAACGUUGCCAAUGUAUUCCAAAGAAAAUCACAUUAAGCCCAUAUCCUCUCAUGAUAGCUUUGGGGAGCAGAUGAAGAUAGCCUCUGAACAAACUCCCACUCAUCCGCAAGAAACACAUAUUGCACCUCGAUUAUCCAAUUGGUUUAAGCGUCGAGAACAUCGUACAAACUAUAAAAGACCCAGUCGGGACGAGCACUUUGAAGCACAUGAAGCUGUUGUUACAAGUGCAAUAUUUGCGCCUACAAAAACUCGACAAAUUCUGGCAAAUACCAACAAAGAUACGAUAUAUAAUAACACACCUGUUAAUAAUCUAGAACAGAAAAGGUUAUCCGUCAAUCAAGAUGUUAAGCGUGAAGGAUCGCUAGGAACUAUAAUAGAUGAUAUAGUGGCUGACCAAAAGAGCCCUUUGUAUGAAAAUGGACAUAUAAUUGUUUCGGCUGAUUGUCAUGGAUUUAUAAAGGUUUGGCGAAUGGACUCUGGUGUCUACUUAAACAGUCGACCCUCUAGUAUCAAGCGAUAUAGUACAGAUAUUGCGUCCCUCGCUCCAUCUUUAACCAUGUCAAAUAUUGAUCUACAUGAUGCAGGAUGCGGCACGUCAACACCAGCAGGAUCUAUGAAGAAACGUAAUAGUCCUUUUACUAAAAUGUUUCCCUCUCCAAACCACAAGUAGGAUAAUAUUGAUAAAAAAGUAUAGUAUAGUAUUUACAAAAUACACAACUUCUCCACUCU